AAAAAUUGUAUAAGAGAAAUAUGGCGAAAAUUUAUGGCAAUGUAUGUGACACUCGUUGUCAAUUAUUUCAUAAUGAGAUGAUAAGAAAGGAAAAUGCGAUACGAAUGAAAUGGUUUUUAAAGAAUCAACAACGAUUGAUUAGUCAUUUGAAAGAGCCGAAAUUCACAAAACGAGCCAGAGAAAUAAUUGCGGGAUCUAAAAAACGAGUGAAAACUCGCGUUGAUAAACCCAUUAUACGCAAGCCCUUAUCCCUUUGGAGGCCACCUCAAUCUGAUGAUUCUAUCGAUAUAGAUAUCAUGAAACCGAUAGAUCCUGAUAUAAGAAACAUGCUUUAUGAGAAAGGAAUGCCAACUUUUAUCACUACUGAUAAUUAUUUAACUGAAAGAUAUAAAGAACCCCCAGAGAAACGUUUCUAUUUCCCCGAUUGUGCGAAUUGGAUAUACGGAUGGCGCCUUGACGAUUACUCUUCUAUUCCACUUAGUGAAAUAGGCCUGAGAUCUGUUAUGUUGACACAAUUCUAUCAGCGCAAAACAUUUAAUCUGCAGCGAGAUCCAGGAUGGCAUCGCGGUUGUCAGAUAAAGAAUGCAAGAAAUUUCAAUGAAUUGUUGAUAUAUUAAUUAUUAACUUAUUAAUUUAAAAUUUUUGUACAAAGAGAAUUAUAUGAAUGUCUCUAUACCAUAUAUUACUAGAAUAUAAUCAAAGAGAAAUCAAUAUUUUGAUACUACAUUUUUUGUAUUCUUCCAUGUUAUAUGUUUUGAUGUAAUUACAAUAUGUAUACAAAAAAAUAUACUCUUGCUUCUA